UUAUCGAUAAUAUUAGUGGUGAGUUUACGAAGCUAUUUAAUAGAAGUGCCAAUCAUUACUUCAUUAGUUUUAUCCUUGAAGUUCAUCAGUAAAGAGAUUUUUAACAACGUCAAAAUGUCCAAAAAAAUGGAUGUUGAUUCGGAAGAUGGUAGGACUUGUAAUAUUAUAACAAGCGACGGAGAAUCACACAGAGUUGCAAGAUCUAUGAUCAUUAGAUGGCAAACGAUAAGUGAAUUAUUGGAGCUUUCAGACGACGCCAGUAAUGAUAUCCCUUUGCCGAAUGUUUCAUCGGACAUAUUUAAGUUACUUAAAAUUUGGGAUAGUGAGCAUAGUUAUGUGAAAAAAGGAGAAGAGAUACCAAUUAAAAUUAAUUGUGGGUACAAAUGUUUCAACUUAGAAGAGAAGCCACGAGCGUUUUUUAAGAAGAUCCACCAAGAAAAUAAACAUAAAAUUUUUGAAUUAAUAAAAGCGGCAAAUUACCUCAAUAUACCGGACUUAUACCGAGCAGCAUGUCGAUUCGUCGCUAUGAUAAUAAAGGAGAAAAGAACAUCAGAUAAAAUAAGAGAGUAUUUAGAAUUUCCAACGCCAUCUCCAAGAAGUGGAUUAGUAAUUGUGAAAUAUCAUAAUAAAUGGUGUGAAGAGUUAUAA